UGAUGAUUUUUCAAAUUGGUUAAAGUGAUGGUCGAAAAUUCUGGUGUACAAAUAAUAUUCCAAACUUUGAUAUUGAUGAAGUAUAAAAUGUGAAGAUAGCUAAUUUCUAUAAGAUUGGUAAAACCUUCGGGUAAAAAUGCUUGCGUCAGUAUUUCCUAAUUAAACAAUACUUAUUCUAUUCAGAUGUGGGGAAUUUUAAAAACAUAAAAGGUUAUGUUAGAUUAGAUGGUGUAUAUUUAUAAUUCCAAACAGUGAAUUAGGAAUACUAAAUAUAUCUGAGGAAUAAUGGAUUUUAAAUAAUCUUGUGCACAGAUAUAGUUGAAUAAUUUUAGGAAUGGUCAUAAAUGUUGUCUUUGAAAUGCAUCUUAACAACUUUUGAAAAGGAUUAUAAAAUUGGUGCUCUAAUUGGAAAUGGAAGUUUCUCUACAGUAUAAAUAGUUUUAAAUUAGGUUUAUAAAUGUUGGAACCAUGAAGGAGAAUUGUUUGCUGUGAAAGCUAUUACUAAACAAUCAUCAAAAUAAUUAAAAAUAAACAAAUAAUAUGAGUUAUAGUUAUUAAGUGAGAUCAAUGCUUUAAGAGAAUUUAAUCAUGAUAACAUUUUAAAACUACAUUAAGUUUAUGAAAAUACUGAAAAAUUAUAUUUAGUUACAGAAUAUAUAAAUGGAUAUGAAUUGAUUUCCAAAGCAACUAGUAAAAUCCCUUAUUCAUCUAAUGAAUUAUAAAGUUUUGUAUAUCAAAUGUUGAUGGCAAUUCAUUUAAUACAUUCAUAAAAUAUUAUGCAUAGAGAUAUUAAACCAUAAAAUAUAAUGCUUAGAAAUGGUUAACUAAACUCUCCAAUUUUAAUUGAUUUUGGAUUAGCUGUAAGUACAUAAGUUAAAGAUAUUCCAUUUCCUUCUUGUGGUUCUUUAGGGUAUAUAUAUUAAAUUAUAUAUUUAAAGUUAUUCUGCUCCAGAAAUUAUAAGAUUUGAAGAAACAAAAAAAUAAUAUAAUGGACAAUGUGAUAUUUUUAGUUUUGGAGUUACUUUAUUUUCUAUGUUAAAUUAUUUAAAUAUCUUUAGAUUAUAUGGUUAUAAUCCAUUUAAAGGACAUGAUCAAAAAUCAACAGUAAAAAGGAAUGCUGAUGCCUACUUUGAGAUUCCUAGUUCUCAAUAUCCUCCAGAAUGUAUUCAAUUUUAUUAUUCUAUUAAUAGUAGGUAAUCUCAUUUUGUUAAUGACUAAAAAGUACCCUAAAGAUAGAAUUACUGCAUAAUAAGCACUUAAUCAUCCAUUUUUUUAAGUUAAAUUUUAUUUGUAGAUUUAUUUACCAAUGUCUAUAAUAACUAAAUAAUAAUAUGAGAUGAGUAAAAAUGAUAAGAAUAUAAAUGUACAUACUAGUUUAGAAAUGGAUUGGUAAUUUGGAUUAAAUAAUUAAUUUUUGAAUUCUUCAUGUUCCCCUUAAAAUUAAAAAAAUCGUACAUCCACUGUUAAUAGUAAUCCUUAGAGAAAAUUGACUAUUCCAUCACUAGAUUAAAUUGAUGAGUUUCAAUUAGAUGUGUUUGAAGAUUCUAUUGAAACAAGCCAUAUAGAAAAAUUGAAAAUGAAUCAAAAUCACUUUUACAAUCAAAAGAAUUUAUUGAAUUCAAUUCUCUGA